GGAAGGUCCCGCUAAAGACCGUUAGGCCCUCAUGCCACCGGAAACCUGUAGGAGUAAACCUGCUGGGCGUCAUUCUGGCUAAACAAGAAGAAGGGCUAAAGAACACUUUCACCCUGUGAUGCUUCUCUACACGUGAGAUUACCUGGCAGCAGCCCAUUCCAGGAGAAGUUGGACUGCAACCUGAAGCCUUCUUAUAAUAUUAAUAAUAGCUUGUGUCUUAUUAAAAGAAAAAGUGAACCCUCCAGUCAAACUUGAGCAAAGCAGGGAAGGAUUUGAUGACUUAUACCUCCAGUCUACCAGAUCAACGCAUUUCUUUCCAGCUAGCAUUUCUUUAACCCCCAAGCCUUAAAUGUCCUUACUUAGAUACUCCCAGGUGGAAAACUUUAAAGAAGCUGCUACAAACGGAGCCACGGAGGAAUUCCUCCCCGGUGUAAACUGUUGCGCUGCUGAAGGACAGCUAAGCUACAGCAAACUUCCACACUUCUCUCUAUUUGAGGACUGAGUUUCCCUUUUACACUGAACUGCGACCUGUCUCUUUACACCUCUGUUUCAGUCCUUUCCCUCUGAUACCUUCUUCCAUAUCUGUGCCUCUCUUUCUCAUAACUUCACUCCUGUUUUUCCAGUUGUCUCUCUUGACUUGUUUUUCUUGCUCUCUACAUUUCUGGGGGCUUCUGUCCCACUCCUUGCUGCCACACUGGAUUUCUUGCAAAUGAAGCACCUGAAGAGGAAGAGGAAGAGCAACUACAGCGUGAGGGAAACACAAACUCUCAUCAGGGAGAUCCACAAGAGGAGAGACGUAUUGUUCUCCAGACAACAGAACACAGCCAUUAAUGAGCUGAAGAGGCAAGCAUGGGAGGAAGUGGCACAAGGUGUGAAUGCCCUGGGAGAGGGGGAGCUACGCACUGCUGCCGAGGUGAAGCGUCGUUACCUCGACUGGCGUGCGCUUACGAAGAAAAAACAGUUGCAGACUGAACUCUCUCUCUCUUCCUCGCCCCCCUCUUUGGCCAUUAAGACUGAGUAUGGAAAUUCCUCUCCAGAGCACGAGGCGCCUUCUUUGGGAUCUGGUUGUGACCAGCUGCUUGACCUCUCGGGCUUCCCAAAGGACUGGCACUGUGACUGGCCGGAGAUGGUGGCUCUCAGCGGGUCGAGCGGGCAGGCCGUGGGGGCACUGCCGGGAGUAAAGAUGGAGGACGAUCUGGAUGGGGAUGUGGGAGAUGGAGAAAUGGAUGAUGAUGAUAUUCCCUCUCUCCUUUGUGACAUCGAGGCACGUGUAGAGGGGCAUGAUACUGAUGUUUAUUCCCACAAUGACUUGGGCAUGCCCAGCCCCUCCAAGGAUCCGACUUCCACCACCAGCAGAAAUCUACUGCUGCCCGGUGGCCUGAUGGGAAUGCUGGGUGAACUCAGCAGUGACGAGAACAUAGGAGCAGGGUGUCUGGUUGCUGUUGAGAAACAUCGUCUGGAGCUAGAGAAACAAAGGCUGGCUGUGGAGACUGAACGCCUGGUGGUGGAGAAAGAGCGGCUAUUGGUGGAGAAAGAGCGACUUCGUCAGACAGAGGUGGAGAGAGAGCGGCUGCAAAUAGAGAAGGAGAGGUUACAUGUGGAGAGAGAGAGGCUGAGACUCAUGCGUGUUGGCCAAUCAGAGUACGUCAACUCUUCUUUUAACCUGCCGCCGCAACAAGGCCCAGUCCUUUCCUCUCGUUCGUCCUUAUCCUCAACUCAUGAUGGACAGAGGGAGAAGGGAGUGUCGGCGGCGGACUUGGAGGCAGCGAAGUUAAAUCUGGAGAAGGAGAGACUGCAGCUGGAGAAGGAGAGACUGCAGUUCAUCAAGUUUGAGGCUGGCAGGUUGCAGAUUGAGAGAGAGCGCCUGCAAGUGGAGAAAGAGAGAAUGCAGCUCCACAAGGACCAUUUGUCAGUAAAAAUCUGAUAAGAGUGAGAAAAAGAUGGUAGAUGAGCAGGGUGAAUAAAUUAGAUGUCUCCAGAUCACUAUUGGUACUAGCAGCAGAUUUUUCACAGACAUACUGUCUACGUUUGGUGCGAGACACUUUAGUGAUCUUUCCUAAAUGGCCAAGAAGAAGCCCGAGAACAGUGCCUUAGGGUGUAAUAUUUGUUCGGCACAAUCAGCGGCCACAUGCAACAACUGUUGGCUGAUGUUCAGCACUCCAGUUCACAGAAAUGUGCUGUGGAAGAUGUUAAAUAAAUACUGGGCUGUUAGUGCAAUUAAUCUUUAUUGGUGCAGAAAUAUUUAAGUAUAUAUAUGAAAUAGUGCUAUUGUACUAUAACUCCUAUAAACCCUAACCCUUGCCUAUCUAUUACUGAAAAACAAAUAGUUCAGUCACACUACAGUAAGCAUAUGAUGGUAACCUCCUUGCAUCUAGGAAAAAAUGGUGGUUGCGUUAUGAUUACAUUGAAUAUUUUGCAUUUGGUAAACAACUGCAAAUAGCUGCGAUGAACUGGUCACAUAGAAGGUAAGUGUGCAACUCCACCUACCUCUGGUUGGCCACUUUUGGUUGCAAGGUGAUUGCUGAUAAUCUGUUUUGGUGGUUUUUUCCUUUGUCUGUGCCUUUAAGUCUUUGCAGGUCCCUGAGUGGAUGAGCUGACGGCUGCCGAUUGGUCCGCGAUCAUGUGGUCGCAUUCAAAAUCCCUCCACCAGCAGUUGUCCCUGGGCAGCCACUGACAGCAGCAGCAGACCUGACCCUGGCCUCCAAAACCUGAGACAUUUUUGCCUGUGACUUUGUGCGACUUUUCUCAGUUCUGUAUAUAUUAGGGAGCACUUGUGUCAUCGAUCCAUUGAUCCAUCCAUCCAUCUUCUUCUACUUAUUUGAGGCUGGGUUGCAGGGACAGCAGCCUAAGAAGAGAAGCCCAGGCCUACCACACCGAGAUGUUCCCAGGCGAGCUGAGCGAUAUAAUCUCUCCAGUGUGUCUUGGGUCUACGCCGAGGUAUCCUCACGGCAGGAUGCCAACACCUUGCCUGGUUGGGUGUAGUGUACAUUGGGUAGCCUCAGCCAAGAGGACUGAUCCCCAGUUACUUCUGUCAUUUUGAAGUUAAAUCACCAUGUUACAGCAACUAAACCAACAAUUGUGGAGGAAUUUUUAUAUUAUAUUUGGACUGUGAAUGUAAGUAGUGAUUGUGAAUUUCUGUUUAAUGUGAAAUUUUGUGUAUGUAGAGGCUCACAGAUUCAGUUUCCACCUGUUUAUGACAGUUAAUCACAGAUUCUGUUAAUUCAGUUAUAAAUUGACAGCAGACUGACUCUGUCCUUUUGCUUUUCUUUUUGCCGUCUUGACGUACUAAAUUUGUUCUAAUGUCAGUCAGAUGACACCUGACUGCGUGCAGACAUGGUCCCUGUCAGUCAUUUUAAAGGCAGCAAAAUUGCAUGGUCAUUGCACACGGUCACAAUAAUUUGCGGCGUUCUGCGAUCUCCAACCACCGUUUUCUCUAGUGUAACUGUAACAAAAAGCACACAACUUUUGUUGUACAGAAAAAAUUUAGUUCACAGAAGACAAACACGAUUGACAAUAAUAUUUUAAGUUGAUAUCUCACCUUUUCACAGGCUUUUAGAUACUAAUAUCACUACCACUGAUCCAACACGAGUCACACCACAACCCUGAUACUGAGAAACCUAAAUGGAAUUCAGCUAUUGCUGAUUUUAUACACCACACAUCUGUAUUCCUCCUACUCAUGUCAGGAAGGACUUUGCAAGAUUUUUAAAGGAAUUUCUGAUC